AAAUUCUUCAUAUAAGCGAAAAAGCGACACAUGCUGAAUAUCCAUAACAAUAAGUGCCGCGAGUCUGACUUGGCACUUUGUGGUUACUUGUAAUCAUUAUUAAAAAAUCUUAAAUAUUAUUUUAAUAUUUUAUAGAUUUAACAUAUUUAUAUAGUGCAGCGUGCUAUAUAUACGAGGAAUAAACAUGCCUCAAUACACAGUUAAAGUUAAAUGGGGCAAAGAACUCUUUUCUAAUGUAGAAGUUAAUACCGAGGAAGAACCAAUAUUGUUUAAAGCACAGCUUUAUGCUUUGACUGGAGUUCAACCAGGGAGGCAAAAAGUUAUGCUCCAGGGAAUGACACUCAAGGACGACGAUUGGGGCAAUUUAACACUUAAAAAUGGUGUCACAGUACUUAUGAUGGGUUCUAAGGAGGAAGAUGUGCCUAUAGAACCAAUGGAAAAACCAGUAUUUUUGGAAGAUAUGAAUGAAGCUGAAUUAGCUACAGCUUUAGAUUUACCAGCUGGUUUACAUAAUCUUGGGAACACAUGCUAUCUGAAUGCAACAGUGCAGUGUUUAAAAACUGUGCCAGAAUUACGAGAAGCCUUGAAGAUUUUUCCAGGUGGCUGGGCAACAGCCGCGAGUUUAUCAUUACCCGCGCAAAGUAUAACCGCGGCAUUAAGAGAUCUAUAUGAUAAUAUGGAUAAGGGAACGUCUAGAGCGCCACUUGUUCUAGUUCAAAUGCUGCAUUUAGCUUUCCCAAGAUUUGCGGAAAAGACCGAACAGGGUGUAUUUCAACAACAAGAUGCAAACGAAUGUUGGACGGAAUUGAUUAGAAUGUUACAGCAAAAGUUACCUGCAAAGGUUAUUGACAAUAACAACGCAGAUGUAUCGGAAGAUGAUACCGAAGCUUCUAAACCACGAUCAUUUAUCGAACAAUAUUUUGGAGGUAUAUUUGAUUCCGAGUUAAAGUGCGUUGAAUCAGAGGACGAACCAGCCACUACUGGAAAAGAAGAAUUUUUACAAUUGAGCUGUUUUAUUUCAACCGAUGUCAAGCACAUGUAUUUCGGGCUUAGAAACAAAAUGCAGGAGCAAAUUACGAAAAUGUCUCCGACGCUUGGAAGGAAUGCUGUGUAUACAAAAACGUCGAAGAUUAGCAGGUUACCAGCGUAUUUAACUAUUCAAUUUGUACGGUUUUAUUAUAAAGAAAAAGAAGCGAUUAAUGCAAAGAUAUUGAAAGAUGUUAAAUUUCCUUUGGAAUUUGAUGCUUUUGAAUUAUGUAGUCCCGAACUUCAAAACAAACUUGUACCAAUGCGUGAGAAAUUCAAAGAAUACGAAGAUUCAUUAGUAGAAGAAUCUUGUAAUGCAAAAGCUACAGAUAAAGGAGAUGGCAUAAAGAAAAAAAUUAAACAAGAACCAUUCUGGUUUAAGAACGAUUUGGGAUCAAAUAAUAGCGGUUACUAUAAAUUACAAGCGGUUCUGACGCACAGAGGACGUUCUAGCAGUAGCGGUCAUUAUGUCGGUUGGAUUCGUCAAAAGGGUGAUACGUGGAUGAAAUGCGACGAUGAUGUUGUUACGGCUGUUACCACCGAAGAAGUUUUAAAACUCAGUGGAGGUGGUGAUUGGCAUUGCGCGUAUGUUCUUCUGUACGGCCCGAGAAUCUUGGAAGUCAAGGAGGACGAUACGGCUGACAAUGCAGACAACCCUGAAACAGCUUAACUGCCAAAUAAUUUUAUGAUUUAAAGAAUUUGAAGAAUUACGCUAGACAAGAAAUUGCUUGUGUCGCUAGCUCUGUACGAAUAUUCAUUUGUUUUUAUACUAAUUAAUACACAAGUGUCAUUAAAAUAUCAUUGCUAUUACCAAUGUGCUACUAUGCUAUUGCGCAUAUAAUAUUUGUAAUUUGAAUAAUAAUUUCGGCACGAUAUAUGAAAA